AUGUCCAUCGAGGAAGAGAAGAAGACUGAAUCCUUUGCAGAAAAUGUGGUCGAUGACGACUUCAGGCUAUUAACUGCAGACGCCAGGAAGGCGGGAGAACGGGCACUGGUGCGCAAAUUGGACAGCCGGCUGAUGCCCACUGCUGUGGUCAUAUACAUCUUGAACUACAUUGACCGUGUCGCUGUUACUGCUGCGCGCCUGCAAGGUUUAGAGCAAGAUCUCGGAAUGACAGACAUCCAGUAUGACACCAUUCUGGCUAUUCUUUAUGCCUCUUAUUGCCCGGCACAAAUACCCUCGAACAUGAUUUUGAGCUAUAUUUCACGACCGUCACUUUACAUUGGGGCUUGCGUUGUUGCAUGGGGCCUUACAAGUGCUAUGACUGGGGUCACAACUAAUUUUGCGGGAAUCAUGGGUUGUCGUAUAUUCAUUGGUCUUCCUGAGGCUGCAUUCUAUCCCGGUAUCAUGUAUCUGCUUUCGCGAUGGUAUACCAGGAAGGAGCUCGCUGUGCGGUCAGCCUGGUUCUAUUGUGGUCUUUUAAUCUCGAAUGCAUUUGGAAGCUUAAUUGCAGCUGGAAUUCUCGCAAGAAUGCAAGGUGUACUGGGACUUUCGGCCUGGAGAUGGUUGUUUUACAUAGAGGGUGCCAUCACCAUGUUCUUUGGCUUCUUGACAAUGUGGCUUCUUCCAGAUUUUCCCCAUAACACUCGAUGGCUUAACGCAGCGGAACGCCGCUUGGCUCAAGUUCGCCUUGCAGAAGAUGCAGGGGAGGCCGACAAGGAUUCCGACAACCUCACCAUUUUCGAUGGCUUGUUCCUGGCUAUCAAGGAUCCAAAGACCAUCAUUUUCAUGUUUAUGAGCUGCUCGCAACUUCUGGGCCUGAGUUACAUCAACUUUUUCCCCACCCUGACUUCCACGCUUGGUUUCGGUACUACUGCUACGUUUUUGAUGGCGGCCCCUCCAUGGAUAUUCGCGUCGAUCUGCUGCGUACUCGGCGCAUGGCACGCAGAUAGGUCUGGAGAACGAUUCUUCCAUAUUGCUGGCUGGUGGUGGGUGGUCAUCCUUGGAUAUAUCAUCUCUCUAUCCACCAUGGCUACGGGCGGGCGGUACUUCUCCUUGUUCCUCAUGACCACCGGAUAUUGUGGAUUUGCCUUGACAUUGACCUGGGUUGCAAACGCUAUUCCUCGUCCACCAGCAAAACGCUCUGUAGCCAUGGGUCUUGUCAAUGGGUUUGGAAACCUCGGUAAUUUGAUGGGCUCGUAUGUCUGGAAAGCUUCAUGGGGUCCUCAAUACCAUCAAUCCAUGAUUAUAGCAUUGUGCAGUCUCGUUUUGUCCACAGCCCUGAGCGUCUUAAUACGGUGGAUGUUAAUCAAAGAGAAUAAACACAUGGAUAUGGUGGAGAAAGAAUUAAUGGAAGGCCCUGGCCGCGAACGUAUUGAAGAAGCUGCUAGAUUGGAAGGGAUUACAUUCGAGGAGGCUGUGAAAAGAAGGAAGGGCUUUAGGUAUUUGUAUUGAUCUUUUAAGAGACACUCGAGUCAUGUACAAUAGAGAUGUAUGAUACAGCUGUCGACGGACUGUAAGCUUCAUUG